AUGGAAGAUUUCGAAGCCUGCUCUGUGAUGGGAGGUGAGGCUGUUCAAGGAAGUAUCCUUGGGGAAGGCCGGGCAGUCAAGCGGGCUUCAGAGAGAUUGAGAUUCUAUUCUUCGGGAAGGGAAGUUGUUACGAAAGGGGCGGAUGGAAGGAUAGCUGGAAAUUUAAUUCCACUUAGAAUUAUAAGGAAAAAAGUCUCAGUAUCUAAUGAACCGAACGCUUCAGCCGUGGAACAAAGUAACUGCUGGACCAAUGUGUUUGUGCCAAAUCAAAAGGCAAUGACAAUUGUCUCAGGAGCAAUCCCUUUCAGUUCAAAUUCCGAGCUUGUACAGGUAUACGGAAAUGGUCUGACCAAGAGGCAUCGAUCUGGAGUGGGUCUUGCAUUGCCGGAUGACAGGAGCCCUUCACCUCCACUCUUCAAUUAUAUCCAUACCAGGUGA